AUGUCUGUCAAGCCACCUCCGAGAUGGACGUCACGGUCAUUGACGGCAAUGUUACUGCCGCACCUCUUCCGCAAGGCGAGGAACCACGCCGAGGCGAUCGGCCCCGUCAAGGAAAGGGUCCCACUGGACGCGCACGAGAACCAUAUGUUCAUAAAAAGGAGGGAGGCGGCCAUGGUGAAAGCGAUACGCUCCCAAUCCAGACUGACCUUCGACAGGCCCCAAGAGGAGCCGAAGAACCACCUGUGGAGCAUAGCCACCGGCGAGUGGGUGCCCGAAUACUUGUUGAAACUUCACUACAUCUUCCCAUUCUCGCUCGGGCCGAUGGUCGCAGAGCAGGUGUCCACACGGAUUACAUGGCGGGGCUCAAACAAUGGAUUGCUGAUCCCCACUGCUGUCGGGCGGGCCUUGAACGACUGGGCGCUUGUGAUCACGCCUCACAAGAACUGGCGCCAAGCAAAGACUCCCCGGUCGUACUUGUUCACAAGGCUAGAAUCAGAUACAAGGAGCCUCCGGGACCCAUUGCGGCCAGGGUCGAGCCUGGCAGUACGAGAUCUCGACGGAGAACCGCUUCAUCUCAGGAGUAAGCACGCGCCAAACCCUCAUUCCUGCUACUUCCAAAGCUGUUGCGCCAUGUGGAAGUCAACGUUCCUGGAACAGCCGGACAGAAGAGCAGAGGACUUUUGGGAGCGGUUCCAGUUCAGGAUGGACGAUUUAUGGGGUAGUAGGAUGGAUAGACAAAAGAUUCUUGACAUCUUCAAGCCCCCAGAGCUGCUCACAUCAGAGGAAAUCGAAAAGAGCAGGGAAAGAGAGGCGAAAGUGAAAGAUGAAGUCUCAUCUACCGAUGAUGAGCCAGGUGCAGGGCAAACAGAAAGGGAAGAUCUGGCUGUUGACGGAAAACCCGAAACAUCGAACUAA